AUGGCUGUACAUUGGGUACUGAUAUGCCAUGGCUUGGUAACUCUUACAGUAGUUGUUUCGUUCCUUUGUGGGCAGUGGCCUAUCUUCCAAGGAACACCCAUCAGUUCCAUCCACCGUUUCAUCACUUUUGGAGCCUAUCAAUACUUCCUGAAGUUUGUGGGGGCUGUUUUUGGAGAUAAGGGAACAAAUUUGAUCCUUUCUGUUGAGUAUUAUUGUUGUGAUAGGCCUAACCCUAUCUUGCAGAUUAUAUACUUGGCAAUAAUUGGAACAAUUUAUUGCAUUAUAGCGAAGACCUCCUUUAGCUAUAUUCCUGGGUAUUAUCUGAGUGGAAUUCAUAGGUAUGCAAGCAUGUUGGCUGUUGGUAUCGGCAUUCUGCUCUUUAUAUUGACUAGCUUUUCUGAUCCAGGAACUGUUAAGGCAGAGAAUGUUUCACAAUAUCUAUCUGCUUAUCCUUAUGACAAUAUCAUAUAUACAGAGAAAGAAUGCUCAACUUGUAAACUUCCAAAACCUGCUAGAUCCAAGCACUGCAGCAUAUGCAAUCGAUGUGUUGCCCGCUUUGAUCAUCAUUGUGGAUGGAUGAAUAAUUGUAUAGGGGAGAGAAAUACCCGAUACUUCUUGGCUUUUCUUUUAUGGCAUUUCCUUCUUUGCGUGUAUGGGACAAUUGCAAUCGGAUUGGUUCUUGCUGGACAAUUGAAAGAAUUGAGAGUUAUAUAUAUUUUAACUGUUUAUUAUGGUGUAGAUAAUUCUUUCGGCAGUUUAGCUCCUUACAUUGUGCAGUGGCUGUUGGGCUCAUAUAACACUCAAAUACUUCUUAUGGUGUUCAUGGCCAUAGUUUCUCUCUUAUUGGCGGGUUUCUUUGUGUAUCAUGCUAAUCUUUGUCUCACAAACACCACGACAAAUGAGACCUUCAAGUGGCAAGACUACAUAAGCUGGCGGAAGAAACUGAGUGAAGCAAGAGCAAGUACUGCAGCAUUGAAAGCAAGCAUCAGUGGGGUGAAUGGUGAAGGAAAACCUCCGGAGAGCAAAUGUAGAUCCUUCUUUAGAAGGUCCCCUCUAGAGGAUACUGAAGCUGUCAUAAAGAAUAAUGUGUAUGAUAAAGGAUUCUUUCUCAAUUUCUAUGAGGUCAUUUUUCCAGUUUCGACAAGAGCAUCAUUUUUGCAGACCAAAUCAAAAUCUGGCUAAGAUUGUCAACUGUUAGUAUGUAUUCAUUCACUCGACGUCCACCGUGAUAUGUGUUUUCCUCUGGUUAUCUUGUUGUCAGCCACAACUUCAAGAUCGAUGAUGACAUCUAAAUCUCAAGGGUUACAUUUCAAGCAUACAGCUUCUUGAUGCCUGUAGUAUUAGUUUUUUAAGGAAAAGGGAAACCCAUACAUCUUAUAUUUUGUAAGAACAGCAAUUCCACAUUGGAAUUGUGUCUCAUUGUCAUGUUGCAGUCUCACCAUAAUAUAAGCAGUGUCUGACUCUUGAAUUGAAGAAUAUAGUGGAGAUGCCCUUUUCAUUGUGGUUAUUUCACUCUUCAGUCUGCAAAAAGUGUGCUUAUAUUGGAACAGUUGCAUUUUCAUUUUUAUCUUAAACUGUCAAUUGCACAUUGCACUGGCACUGUAAAAAUGCAAACAUUUAUAUUCUUUUAU